CAUUGGAUAUUUGUAUUGCAAUGUGGGAUGGGCGAUAUUUUCAACCAAUCGGUGAUUGCAAUUCAGAGAGAGAGACAAGUGGUAGGGCGCGCUAAAGGUAAAUCGUUUUACAAAUACAGUGUACAGAAUGUAAUGGUGGCUGUACGAACGUAUGUAAAGUUGGCAAUACUUAUAAUGUUCUGAUACCGCCAUAUCUUCCUAUGAGUUCUAUGUUAUUCGAAUUACUUCUGGCGUGUUUAACUGGAAUGUGUAGAAAAUAAACAGGUUGUACCAGUUAGAUUUCUAAUAUUCUCCAGGAUGUAUUUGGAAGACGACAAUUCAUCCCAUGUUAAAUGAAUAAAUUCAUCUAAACACUGACAGAGAGGAUAAUGGAGCAGGUUGAGGAAAUAGGAAAUCAGAAAUCAAUUGAUAAACAUGUUAACGAAGCAGAGGAGAAUAGUGUUCAUGGAUCAUCUUGUGGUACAGAUAAUGUAAUAACUCCUGUAGAAAAUAGUAGCAAUAGAGACAAUAAUGGUAAAAAUGCAGGUGGUGUUGAAUCUACAGUAAUUACAGAUAAAUAUAGUGAUUUCUCAGGUUUGAACACAGUCAAUGAUUCAGAAGAGAAUCUAAAAUUACAAGUUUCAGAAAAUUCUGAAAAAUCGCAAAAUUGUGAGAAGUUUGUAUCGAAUGUAACUACUGAUACUAAACAAAUUAUUGAUUAUAAAGACACAUGUAAGAGUGAACAAGUUUUAGGAGAGAAUGUAGAUUUCAAGAAAGACAUCGAAGGUAUUCAUAGUGCUGAAGUGCAAUCUGAAAGUUUUCCUUCAAAAGAAGUGACAAAAUGUGACCAGGAACAACUGGGGGAAGGUGAUAAUAGGGGGGAUGAUACGAUAUGUCUAGACAGUAACUUACCAACAGUAAGUUCUUCAAAAAAAGUUUUAACAAACUUAAAUCGAGAGGACAAUUGCUUAGGAACUUCUUUUAAUGUUGUUGCAAAAAAUGAACAAAAACAAAAUGAUAAAGAAAGUGCAUCUGGAAGUUUUAUUCCAUCUUCAGAGGUGGAAGCAAAUAUUAGUGUUCUCUCGCAAAGUGAGCUUGAAAUCUGUAAUGAACCUAGUGAGUGUGGUGACUCAAGAGGUGAAAUUGAAAAAGUGAAUCAGUGUGAUGAAAGUGAGAAAGCUAUGCAAACAACUGCAACAAUUUGUGAAAGUGAUUUAAGGUCAUCAGAUGACGGUUUGACUGAAAAUGUUUUGGAGGAAACUGAUGUUCAAAGUAGUGAAAGAAUUGAGAACAAUGAUCUGAAAAAUUCAUCUGAAAAUAAUGUAGAUUGUGAAAUGAGUGAUAAUGACAGUCAAAGAGUAGAUUCUAAUUUAGUGAAAGAUACUGCAACACCCACAAUUUCACUUUUAAGUGAUGCUGAUGUAAGUGAACAUAAUACAAGUUCUAUUAAUGAAGAUGAUGAAGUUAUAAAGGAUGCCUCUAAUAAUUUCCAGGUUGCGUCUGUAGAUGAUAAUGCAAAUUGUGAUCUCAUUGACACUGAGACAUCAGAAAAAGAUACAGAAUCAGAAUUAAUACAUUUCGAUAAGGAGGAAAAUUUGUCAUCAGAAGAUACAGAGUGUUUCAUUGUUCAGAAAACUUGUGAAGGUGAAUCUCAAAUUGCCCCCAAAAUAGAUUCAAAGGUCUUAGAGGAAGAGGAGCAAGACGAUGUUGAAAUGAGUGAUAAUGUUGAUGCUAAAAGUGACAAUGUGGAAGAUUCUGGUGAUAGAGAUAAGAGUCAAGAAUUUGCUAAACAAGAUUCAGAUGCUGAUAUGAUUAAAGAAAUAGAAAAAGAUGGUGGAGAAAAUUCUUGUGAUAUGCAGCGUAGCGUAGAGUUUGUUCAGAUUGAUUCAGAUAAGGAUGAAAAUUCUCAACAGUCAUUAGAUAGAAAUGAAGAUGCAGCUAAUGAUAAAGAUCCUAUUGCAAUUUUGAAUGAUAAAGAGGCCAUUUCUGACUCAAAUGAAGGAGAUGGUGUAAUUGAUCUAGUAGGCGAAGGUAAAAAUCAUGAUGCAGUUGGAGAGGAAGGUAUUAUUGGUGAUACAGGUGAUGAGGAUAAAGAUCCUAUUGGCAUUGCUGAUAAAGAUCCCAUUGGUGUUGCAGAUGAAGAGGAUAAAGAUCCCCUUGGCGUUGCAGAUGAAGAGGAUAAAGAUCCCCUUGGUGUUGCAGAUGAAGAGGUUAAAGAUCCCUUUGGUGUUGCCGGUGAGGAUAAAGAUCCCAUUGGUGUAGCAGAUGAAGAGGAUAAAGAUCUCAGUGGUGUUGCAGAUAAAGGUCCCAUUGUUGUUGCAGAUGAAGAGAAUAAAGAUCCUAUUCAUGUUGCAGAUGAAGAGGAUAAAGAUUCCUUUGGUGUUGCAGAUGAGGAUAAAGAUCCCAUUAGUAUUGCAGAUGAGGAUAAGGAUCCCGUUGAUGUUACAGAUGAAGAGGAUAAAGAUUCCAUUGAAGUUGUAGAUGAAGAGGAUAAAGAUCCCAAUGUUGCAGACGAAGAGGAUAAAUAUCCCUUUAGUGUUGCUGGUGAGGAUAAAGAUCCCAUGGGUGUUGCAGCUGAAGUGGAUAAAGAUCCCAUUGAUAUUGCAGAUGAAGAGGAUAAAGAUCCUAAUGUUGUUGCAGGUGAGGAUAAAGGUCCCAUUGAUGCUGCAGAUGAAGAGGAUAAAGAUCCCAUUGGUGUUGUGGAUGAAGAUGAUAAUGAUCCCAUUGAUGUUACAGGUGAAGAGGAAAAAGACCCCAUUGGUGUUACAAAUGAAGAGGAUAAAGAUCCCAUUGGUGUUGCAGAUGAAGAGGUUAAAGAUCCCGUUGGUGUGGCAGAUGAAGAUGAUAAUAAUCCCAUGUGUGUUGUGAAUGAAGAAGAAAAGGACCCCAUUGGUGUUACAGAUGAAGCGGAUAAAGAUCCCAUUGGUGUUGCAGAUGAAGGGGAUAAAGAUACUAUUGGUGGUGCAGAUGAAGAAAGAGAUGCCAUUGAAAAUGCAGAUAAAAGUGGUGUAGAAAAAAACAGAGAUGCCAUUGUUAUUGGAGAUAAAAGAAAAGAUGUGGGUGGUGUUGCAGAUAUUGAGGACAAAGAUAUUAUUGAUGUUGCAGAAGAUGAUCUGGAGGUCAUUAGUGUUGUAAAUGAAGGAGAUAAAGGUUCAAUUUCUGUUUCAAAAGAAAAGGAUUCUGUUUCAAAGACAAAUGAAAAGGUUAAAGAUCUUGAUACGAUUUCCAGCGCAGAUAAUAAAGUAUCUAAUUCAAUCCCGAAUGAGGAAGAUGGAAAUUCCAAUGCUGCAUCUAAUGAAAAAGAUAAAGAUGAUUUGACUAUGGAUCAGGAAACUGGUGAGCAGCCAAUGGAAGUUGAUGACACAGAUAAAGAUGAUAUAAGUGUUGAUGAAGAUGCCAAAACUGCAGAUGAUGUGGAAGAACCUGUAGGUGUUGAUAUUUCUUUAAUGUGUGAAACUGUUUUGGAGGAAUCAACUGCUAUGUUACCUGUAAAAAAUGCUGGCAUUUCAAAGGAAUCACAAAAGAAGAGUACCAAACGUCUAGAUUCAGGUGAUGCAGAAAUUGUGGAGAUCAUUGAUGGGGCAGAAACAGAGAAAGAAAAUGAGAAACAAAGACUUCCUUCAAAAACUAAAAGUGGUGUAAUUAAGGGUGAUGUAAAAUCCAAAAAUGUUGGAGAUUCUGCAUCUCUUAAAAAUGCAAAGGCUACUGAUAGGAAUGAUGAUGAGGAAAUUUGUAUAAUUCCAGAUACUGUUCCAAGGGUGAUGUUAGGUAAGGAGACAAAAGGGAAAGGUGAAACACCAAAAGGUAGAAGAGCAAGUAAAUCCAAUGAAAUAGCAGAAAAGGUGCAUGAGAAAACUGAAGUACAGAAAGACGCAUCCGAAACCAGGCGGACUCCUGGUCGGCCACAGAGACAAGCAGCCAAAAGAGCAGAAUGUCAAAUUAAGGAAAUUGUUGCAAACGAUGAAGAUCUACCGGAACCAGAAGAACGUGUGGGUGGUAUACGCAUAUGUGACAGCUGUUUCAAGCCUCGGAAUUGGGUAACCUCCUACAAAGUGCAAACAAAUGGAACUGAAAAAGUGAAAUAUUUUUGUUCACAAGACUGUGCUUCAAAUUUUAAGAGGGUCUCUAGAACAAAACUCAUUGACACAGAUGUCAACUCGAAUGCUGAACCAGUUAGAAGAUUUACUAGAAAGUGUGCACAAUGUACCAAGGUGGUAAAUGGAGAGGAGAAGAACUUGUCUUGGGAGACGAUGGAUUUUUGCAAUGAAGAAUGCCUUGGCCGAUACCAGAAAGUUUUAGGAUCACAAUGUGCAAAUUGCAAAGGAACUGUGGCUUCACCUAGUCUGGGCAAAUACUGUGUUCGAUUUGGAUAUGAUGUGAAACAGUUCUGUUGUAGUGGAUGUUUAGAAGAAUUCAAGAAAGGAUUGAAAGUUUGUAGUUAUUGCCAAAAAGACAUUUCAGGAGGGUCUGAGGGAUUCUUAGCUCCUGUUGGUGACAAAGGGCAGUUUAAAGACUUUUGCACUCAGUCGUGCAUGGAAAAAUAUGAUCAAAUGAGUAACAACCAUGCACCUCCAGUCAUUGUACAAGAGUGUGCUGUGUGUAAUAAUGAGAAAGUUGUGUCCAUGGAAGUUAUGCAUAAGAAGAGAGUGCACAAAUUUUGCAGUGAACCGUGUUUUGCAGCAUUUAGAUUUGUAAAUGGAAUGGCUGCAGAUCAGUGUUACAUGUGCAAGAAAUUCUUUGAUAAGAAAGAAGUGGAUAAUUUUGCUGUUUAUUCAGACGAUUUAGUCCAUAGCUUUUGCAGCAAAACCUGUAUGAACGUUUACAUUUUGGCAAAUCGAAAAAUUGUUCCAUGUCACUGGUGUAAGGUGAAGAAGUACAAUUUUGAUAUGAUCAAACGUGUCUAUAACACAGGCCAACUUCUUCUAGUCUGCUCAUUAAAUUGCCUCUCCUUGUACCAAGUAGGUGCAAAUGUUGUGUCUUCAAAAAGAGUCUCAUGUGAUUUCUGUAAUGGUAUGUGUUCACCGCAAUAUAAUUUAAACAUGUCAGAUAAUACAGUUCGGAACUUCUGCGGCUAUCAGUGUGUCAUGAAAUUUCAAGAACAGUUCGCCAAUGCCGUGCGUGUUGAUACAUCACCUUUUCCCACAGGUGGACCCAAACGUUACAUAGGUCCAAGACGAUCUCUAGCUGCGCCGCAAAAUGAAUCUCAAAGGGAGAAUGUUCCAGGUGCCAAGACAGGUGUUCCUUUGCCUGUUAUUUCAAGUGUACAGUCUCUAGCAGGUGAUGACCAGAACAAAGCUGGAAUAACUACAAGAUCAGCUGCUGCUUUGAAACAAGUAAAUAAUAAUGUGCCACAAAAUGCAGUUCAACCAUCAAAGGUGGUUCGACAGAUUAUAGUUCGUCCUCCAGCACCAAAACCUAUGCGUAAUAAAGCAAUAACAUGUAGACCAACUUCCCACACAAAAGGAACACACUGUCGACCUAUUAUAUGCACAAAAGAAACUCAAACAGAGACUCACUGUCAACCAGGGCAACCUAUUUUAAUUCCAGUACCAGUUCCAAUAUAUGUACCCACUCCAAUGUGCAUGUACAGCUCUCCUUUUCCUGUACCUGUUCCUUUUCCUUUGCCUGUUCCUGUUCCCAUAUUCAUACCUACUACAAGAAGUUCUGCAAAGGGUAUUCUGAAGGAAAUCAAGCGCAUACAAGAAAAGACGCCAGCUGAUCCUUUUGAAGCUGAGUUAUUGAUGAUGGCAGAAAUUGUAGCUGGAGAGAAAAAAGAAGAUAAUUCUGACUCGGAUAGUGAUGCAGUGGAUAACACAGAUGCAGCUAGUGGAGCUGGAGCAGAUGUUGAAGAAGGCCCUAAAGCUGCAACCACUGAUGGAAGGUAUUCACCUGAGACAGUUGAUUCUAGCAACACAUUUGGUGAUGAUAUGUUACAAAUGGCAUUAAAAAUGGCCACUGAACUGGAAGAACCUACAGAUCUGGAAGCAGCACUUACACCAACAACAAUUACUUCUCAACCUGCAACUAAUGUUGAGCAAACUAAUUCGGAAUCAGAAGAUGAUCCUGAGCCCGCACAACCUGCCCCAGAAGUUCGACCUCUACGAGGGAGGAAGCGAUCAACUCGGACACUAAGAAGUUCAACAUCAGCCUCGUCGACAUCUGGUGGUAAUAAACGAAGGCGCGUUAGUGGUUCUGGGGAAACACUGCUCCUUCCGCCUCCAGAACCACCUCAGCCUCCAGUGGUUGAGCAAGAGAAGCCAGAUGCAAAUAUGUGUUUAAAGUUCACACUUGGAGUAAAUGCAUGGAAACGAUGGGUUCUUACAAAGAAUGCAGAGUUGGAGAAAGCAGCAGCAAGUAAUAGAAAAUUAAAAUUGUUCAAGCCAGAAAUCUUGCAGCAAACUGCUGAUGAAUUGAAUUAUUCAUUAUGCCUAUUUGUGAAAGAAGUACGAAAACCAAACGGUCAAGAAUAUGCUCCUGAUACCAUUUAUUACUUAUGCCUAGGUAUACAACAGUAUUUAUUUGAAAGUGGGAGAAUUGAUAAUAUAUUUACGGAUCCGUAUUACGAAAAAUUUACUGAGUGUUUGGAUGAAGUUGCUAAGAAGUUUUCUACACUAUAUAAUGAUUCUCAGUAUAUUGUUACCCGUGUUGAAGAAGAGCAUUUAUGGGAAAGCAAGCAGUUAGGAGCACAUUCACCGCAUGUUCUUCUUAGUACCUUGAUGUUCUUCAAUACUAAACAUUUUAAUCUCGUAACUGUGGAAGAACACAUGCAGCUCUCCUUUUCUCAUAUUAUGAAGCAUUGGAAGAGAAAUCCUAAUCAGUCUGGAGCUAGUAAAGGACCUGGUAGUUCUCGCAAUGUUCUCUUAAGGUUUUAUCCACCACAAUCAGCAUUGGAAGGAAAUUCAAAAAAGAAAAAAGUUUAUGAACAACAAGAAAAUGAAGAUAAUCCUUUGAGAUGUCCUGUGAAAUUGUAUGAAUUUUACUUAUCAAAUCCUGAAAGUGUAAAGACAAGAAACGAUGUGUUUUACUUAUUACCAGAACGCUCUUGUGUGCCCGACAGCCCUGUUUGGUAUUCUACUAUGGCUCUUGGGAAAGAACCUCUCAUGAAAAUGCUUCAUAGAGUGAAAAUGGUUAAAGAAAUAAACCAAGCUAUUCUCAAAAGUUGAAACUAGUUUGUGAAGUGAUACAGAACGUGUUUAUUCAAGUCAACGUUUUGAACUUGUGGUUUUAGAUGCAUAUGUAAUUUGUGAACUAAUGUACAAGUGAUUAGAUGGUCUAGUUAUUUCACAUGACCAUUCCUGUUGAGUAAAAGCUGAAAUAUUAUAAAUUGUACUGCCAGGGCCUUUCAAUUCACAUUUGUAAAUAAUUCCCUUGUAUAUAUCAACUGAUGUUCCUUUGGUGCACAUGGCAAAGCAGGUUUUAAAAAUGUGUUGAUACAACAUAGCAACUGUAAAAAUACUGGAGCAGUGUUGUUUUUAAAGGUUGAAAUGAAAAUGUUUGGAAAAUUCAAUAUUCUACUCAGUCAUUUGACAUCUACAGGGUGUAUAUGUGGGGUCCAUACACAGAUGUAAGUGUGACAAGAAUCAGGAGUUUUUUCUACAUUCUUAGGCAUUUAGAUUAGUUUAAGGUCCUUUAUAUUGAAAACAGCUGGGCACUCUAAAGUUGUGCUACUAUUUUGUCUCAUUUUAAUUCAUACAUAGGCCUAAGUUUAGUGUAAUCUUUCAUUCAUUAACUAUUUAUUUGAUUUCAUGCCAAAUAACUGUAUUUUUUAACCAAAAUUAGAGCAAAUUAUUUUCAUUUAAUUCAAAUGUGAGUGUCCUGAUGUCACCGAUAAACCCUGUCUAUGUUUUAAUUGAGUGAAUUUUUGUUUGCAAGUUUUUCAUUUAGCACUCUCCAGUACCAAUAAUAGAGUAUUGGUUGUUCAAGGUUGACCAACCAUGUUGUUUCAAUAUAUGUUUUUGUUACAUGUGUUAUUGAAUUUCAUACUCAACCAUAGUGGAACAAUGUUUUUAAAGGUAGACAUUUUAUAAAGACUUAGGAAAAAUUUGUUAUUUUAAGAGUUGAAGAAUAUGUUUUCCUUUAAGAUGUAUGAUUUUACAGUAUUUUCCAUUACCUUAUUUCAUCAAACCCAAGGCGUAUAUGUUUGUAAACUAAAACAGAAAUGAUAACACUUGUGCAGUUCAUACAAUAAAUAUAAAAGUUGCACCUCUUGUUUUUCAUUCCUUUGAAUAAUUUGUAUUCUGCCCACUUCGUUUUAUUUGCAUUCAAUGGAUGUAUGUAGUAUUAAGAGAACAAAAUUAUUGUACAAAGUGAGGAAUAAUCAAAUUAAUACAUUCUUUUUAUAUUUUUACUGUGAUGUUUGUGCAUGUGUUAAUGUGUUAUAUUCUUGUGAACAUUACAUUAGUGUAUUUAUUCACAGUGAAAUAUUUUAUAUUUAACUGUGUUAUACAACAUGAAUGUGUAUUUGUGACAUUUAGGGCAUUUUGUACAACAGGAUGGUCUAUUGUAUAUACUUUAUAAAUGUGUAACUUG